UCUGCCGUCUCAUCUCCUGUACAGCUCAGCCCACCACCACGACCACCACCGCCACCUUUUCCUCUUCCUUAGAUAUAGACCUCGAGGGAGAGCAACAAUGUUUAACAGUCUGCUUGGUAGCAAAUUCUCAAAAAAAUGCAAGUAUUGUUUGAAAUGCAUCAGUAGCAGAGUUCAGCUCAUAAGGAAGAAGAGGCAGGCGACGGUGAGGUGUCUGAAGAAGGAUGUCGCCGAGCUCCUUGCCAGUGGACAUGAUUCCAAAGCUUUUGCCAGGAUUGAAGCAUUAAUCGUUGAAAUAAAUCAUGCAUCUUGCUAUGAUAUGAUUGAACAAUAUGGUCAAUGCAUUCUGAAUCAGCUUUCAGGCUUACAAAAGCAGAGGGAAUGUCCUGAAGGAGCUAUGGAAGCUAUCUCGACUCUUAUUUUUGCUGCUGCAAGGUUUUCUGAUCUGCCAGAAUUAUCUGAUCUCAGACAAGUAUUCAGAGAGAGAUACGGGAGUCAAAUGGAAUCAUCCGUGGAUGCCUUGUUUGUUGAGAAAGUACAAAAGAAGUCCUUUUCAAUGAACAAGAAGCUGCAAUUGAUGCAAGAUAUUGCUGAUGAGUUUUCUGUAAGAUGGGACUCUCAGGCUUUCCGUCAAAAACAAUCUAAUCCAAACGCACCUCCCUUGGAUCAACCUAAAAGAAGCAGUAACAACAAUUCAGCAGUUAAUCAGCGCAAGGAAGCAGUCUUCGAUGCAGCUAGUGAAGUUACCGCUCAGAACAGAGCAGCCCUUAAUGCAGCUGCUUCAGUCAACAGAAGAAAGGAACCUAUCUUUGCUGCAAAUGUUGCAGGUAAUGUAAGAAAGGAAGGAGUCACCAAUUUGCGUGAUCCAGUUAAUAAUAAAGAUGGAGCAGUCCUCAAUGCGGCUGGUUCAUUCAACAGAAGAAAGGAGGCAGUUCUCAGUGCAGAUAUUGCAUUUAAUGAGAAAAAGGAAGCAGUUACAAAUUCAAGUAGAGAUGGAGCAGCAGUCCUCAAUGGAGGUGGUUCAUUUAAUGGCAGAAAGGAAGUAGCCCUCGAUGCAGAUAUUAAAGUUAAUGGAAGAAAGGAAGCAGUUAUUAAUUCGAAAAAUGAAGCAGCAUUGAGCACAGGAGGUGACCGAGAGGUUCCAUAUAAGGAGAGAUGGGUACCUCCUCCUCUGAGAAGUUCUGUUCAAAAACAGCAAGUACAGCCUGAGCCCAGAGACAUCCAUGUAAUUCCUACCAUCCGCAAUGGCCGAAGGGUAUCCACUACUGCUGAGGAAACAGAGAAUGUUGAACCGGCCUACGAUAAUAAAGCAAAGGGGAACUAUACUGAUGUGCUGAAAGAUGAUUGGUCCAAAACACCGAAAGUUAGGCAGAAUGGUAUCCAUAAAGAUUGGCUUAAUGGCACUGCGUGGGCUAGAUCGCCUGUGGGGCAAGAAGAACCAGGUCUCAUCGGCCUCGAGAGUCAGUCUGCUGCACCCGUGGUUUCGAGGGAUGUGAAAGCAGUCAAUAUGGUUCCUCCACACAAACAGACUGUUGAUGAUUCUCCUGUCUAUGAUGAUGAUAUCCCGAGAGCUGUGAAUAAACUGUUGGAUCCUUCUGUGCAUGAGGCGAGGCCUUCACUUCCGAUGAGGUCAAAGGAUGCAAGGCCAAUCAGUUUGAUACCUCCUCCUUAUACCAAGCCUCACUUGAGAAAGGCAUCAACUCUUCCUGAUGACAGUAAACUCACUGAUGAGCCAAUCAAGAGUUACAUUGCUGUUGAUUAUGAAAAAUCCGACAUUGGUGACAGAGGCAAGCCUGUUUCCGUUAGGAGGAGAAUUCCUAAACCAGCAUUGGGUAUUGAGACAGAGCAUACGACUACACCCAGCCGUAGGCUGCUCAAUGGUGAUCUGUAUGAUGCGGAGGUUGCAGAUCGAUGGGAGAGGAAAGAAAAAGUAGGUGUUGCAGAUCGAAGACAACAUGAGGUCAAGAGAUUAGAUGUGGAGGAAGAAGCCAUGGACAGGCUCCUGGCUCAUUACAGUAAGAAAGGGACAAGCAACGAGCCGAGCAGGAGAACCAGGACAAAGCCUCCUCCUGUGGAGCCUGCUAAGGAUCAGAGUACAGCAGAAUCACUGCGUUAUCGUCCAGAGAGAGUAGCUUCCCUGCCACCGGAGCUAACAACUCCUGUAGUAGAGGGCGGUGUAGGUAGAAGGCCUGUUCGUACCACUUCUCUGCAGCCAGACUCGAUGAGCCCCAAUGGAGGACGACUGCAUCCGAGGCUUCCGGAUUAUGAUGACUUGGCUGCUCGGUUCAUAGCCUUGAAGCAUGGGUGAUGAAGCAAGAUGAGUUACUCUUUCAGUUUUGCUCAGGUCCUUGAUUUUGAGUCUUUGACAUUCAUAUUCUUACAAGAUUGUUUGUGGAUGGGUUGGGUUAUCGCUUGUUCUUGUAAAUAGUGUCUCUAUUUACACUUAUAAUCUGCAAGUUCCCUUAUCUCUCACAUUAUAUUUUUAUAAUGCACAGUUUAGUAUACACGAUUCUGUUAUAGUGGUUGA